AACCAAACGGCAGUUGUUCGCCUCCUCUCUGCCUGCCUGAGGUACCGGAAACGGUGGGGAGCGGUCCGUACACAUCUCCGGACACGGUCGUCCAUAUGGCAGUAUAACGUGCAUCACUGUGGUUCUAUUCUAAGUAAGUGCAGUGUGCGGCAGGUUUGUCUGCGGGUUUUCCUCGUUUGGAAGGAGCACGAUGGACACAGAAGAUGUCGCAGCGCUGCGGGCAGAGCUUGAUCGUGUGUCAGCCGAGCUGCAGGAGACGACGGAGGAGAAAUUCCAGGCUGCUCAGUACGGGCUGGCCGUCUUAGAGGAAAAUGCAGAGCUGAAGCAGAAGUAUUGUGACCUAGAAGCUGAAUGUGACGCGCUGAAGCUGGAAUUAAAGCAGAUGAAGGAGGCGCUGGCAGAAGCCUACAGCAACCAGAAAAGAACAGCUGCCGAUGGGGAAAAUAGAGAAGAAAGUCUGCUAAAGGAAAAUGCCUCCAGGGAAGCAAAGCUCACGGGAAAGAUUGAUGAGCUGCAGAAUGAACUAAGGCAGAUGAAGUCGUUCCUGACUAAUACCUCAGCAGACAAUGAGCGUCUGAACCUUGUCAUACAGACCCUGAGGAAGGAGUGUCAAGACACCGAGAAGGAGAAAGUUCCACUGCGAGAGGAAAUGAAACAGUGCAAAAUUAGGGAAAUGAGACACCUCCAAGACUUCUCUGAGCUGGAAGAAGAAAAUAUCUCUCUGCUGAAACAAGUCUCCGUAUUGAAGGAAAACCAGGUGGAUUAUGAAGGCAUGAAACAUGAACUGAAAAGAAGAGAUGAAGAAAUUGAUAUAUUGAACGGUCAGCUAGAUGAGCUGGUGCGGUUGAAGGAUAUCGCUGAGCGUCAGCUUGAGGAAGCCCUGGAGUCGCUGAAGAGCGAAAGAGAACAGAAAAAUGAACUCCGGCGAGAGAUAUCGGGUUACCUAAGCUAUGAUUCCAUAGGGAACCUUCAGACCAACUUUGAAGACAAAAACGAGGAAGAGUUUGACAGCGGAUAUAACUCUGGUGGCCUGAACAAGUCAAAUGGAGAAAUCCUAAUGUCCACUCCACGUCACAGCGACAUCUUCCAUCCCGGCCCUAACCUGGCAUCCGAUCUCUUCACUGAACUCAGUCUGACGGAAAUUCAGAAACUCAAACAGCAAUUACUGCAGGUCGAUCAGGAGAAGGCCGAUAUGGAGAUUAACAUUGAAGAAAUCGGGAGGAACUUGGAUGAGAUGCGCAAGGACCUAUGUAAUGAGCAACAGAGAAAUACCGAACUGGUGGAACAAGUGAAGAGUCUCCAGAAAGCCAGUAAUCGUAGACACCAAAUGGACAAUGCAGAUGAAAUUUCAACAUGUACCUGUAGACAAGAAGGGGAAGACAUGUUAAGACUGGAGAAAGAACUGAAAGAAGUAAAGCAGAGAUAUGAAGUGUUUGAAAAGAGGUACCAAGAAGAAAAACAAGAGUGGGAGAUGAACAGGCAGGUGGUGGCCAAGGAGCUCCAUACGUCUGCCAGAUUAGAAAAUGAUGACCGAGGACUCUUGUCUGUUCUUCAGGAGGAGUUGAGGACGGCAAGGAGACUGCACUGUGACUUUCAGAGCAAGCUGAACUUGGCACAGGACGAGCUACUAUCCUUCAUAGAAGAGCUCGCCCAUCUUUAUAAUCACGUCUGUAUGCGCAGUAACCUGACGCCCCACAGAGUCUUGCUCGAUUACUUCCGAGAUGGCAAAGGGGCCAAGUUGCAUUUUAGAAAAAGAAAGUCUUCCGAUUUUUUUGGUAAACUUCUGGUAAACCCUGACUUGGAGAUAACGGACCUUCGCAGUGGUGACCACUCUCCACUGAGUAGUCCAGACUCCUCCAUCGGGUCUGAUUUUGGAGACCCUGCUAGAGAACCUCUCAGCAUCACCCACCUUAUUGCAGUUGUGAAAGACCAAUUGAAGCAUCUGCAGGGUGCCCUGUCGGUGUCCUGGCACCACACGUCGCUUGAAUCAAUUACGUCUGAAAUGGACAAGGAGAAAGAGGUUUUGGUGGAAGAAGUCAUGAAACUGAAAGCUUUGCUGAGCACUAAGCGGGAACAGAUAGCUACUCUGAGGACUGUUCUGAAGGCUAACAAGCAGACAGCGGAGGUGGCCAUGUCAAACUUGAAGAGCAAGUAUGAGAAUGAGAAGGCGCUGGUGUCGGAGAUGAUGCUGAAGCUGAGACAGGAGUUGAAGGCCCUGAAGGAGGACGCUGCUACUUUUUCAUCGAUGCGCUCAGUGUUUGCAAGCAGAUGUGACCAGUAUGUUAACCAGUUAGAGGACAUGCAGCGCCAGCUCGUGGUAGCCGAGGAUGAAAAGAAGACAUUGAAUGCCUUACUGCGGAUGGCUAUCCAACAGAAAUUGGCCCUUACUCAGCGCCUGGAGGGACAAGAAGCAGCUCAAGAUACCUCAAAGUCAAGUCGGUCAAAAUCUGCGACAAAGUCGAAAACUCGAUUGUCAAAAUCUAAAGUGAACUGACCGUAAAUUUGCUUCCACCAUCCUGGACUUUCCACAUUUCUCUGCACGGGGCCAGGAGCAACAGCCACAUUCCCACAUAAAGGACUUUUGAAGACGUCAUGCCCAACAGUAAUAAGCUGCCCCAGCGUCCUGCUUCAAGCACAUAAUUCCUAUACCUCUUACUAACUUCUAGAUUUUUGAUCUGCUAGCAGGAAAUUCUCUUUUUGGGAGACAAAGUUGUAAUUUUUUAACUUGAAAUAUUUUAUCAGUUUAAAAAAAAAAGUAUGUAUAUAAAGUUUUUAUUUUGAAAAGUGCCUUAAAAUGGUUAAGUCUACUAACUUAUUUUAGUCUU